UGCCUUGUGUCAAUUAUCUUUGCGACUGAGAUUGGGGAGCAGAAGCACAAUGUAUUGGGCUGGAAUUCUUUCUGGGGUCUUACUCUCGAACCUUGUUCUCUCCCCGGUCCUCUCGCAGUCUACUGGGGCUUCUCCAGAAGGAUUCAUAAGCAUCAGCUGUGGCGGCCUGAGUGGAGUAGACCCUAUCACCUCACUCGAGUGGAUCACUGAUGAAUCUCAUCUGCAGUCAUUCGAAAGUCUUUCUCAAGAGAAGGUGAUCAUCACCGCCGACGUUUAUUACAUCGAGAGCUCACUGAGCGUGCCGAAUGGCGAACAGUUGCAAAGUGCUCUGGUGUUUCUUCCCAUCCAACUGACACGCUCGAAGUUUUGCUACAACUUGCCAAUUGCAUUUAACGCAACUGAAGGAUCACGAAAUUAUCUUCUUCGAGCAAUGUUUCCCAGCCAAAAUUUGACUGUGAAUGGAACUGCAUUAUCGGGAUACACCACUCGGUUCUACCUUACUGUAGAUUCCACCUACAUCACCACAAUCGAGCUACUGCCAUCUAUGCCGCAGACAAUCGAGCUGGUCGUCUCUUCAAUGGAUGAAAAAUUUUACGUUUGUCUCGUGCCCUUGGAAGACAAGUCCUCAAUGCCAGCUAUCUCAACUCUGGAGUUGCGUCCGUUCAAUCUACAUACCUAUGGCAGAUCUGGUCAGUCGGAAGACAAGCAACAGUCGAGCUAUCUCAUGCUGGUUGAUCGUAUGGACUUUGGAGGAAAACUUGACACUGAGUCGCCUCCUCUCAGGUAUCCCGCAGACCCUUUCGAUCGUAUAUGGUCGUCCCCACGAAUUCCCGAAGGAGCGCAGUUUGAGGCUUACAACAGGACCGAAGAUGCAAACCUUGGGUAUGGCGGGUACAGAGUUCGCUUCCCUAUUGCAGUUAUGAGAUCGAUAUGGAGGGGAAAUAAUAUAACGUCCUCCAUUCACUUUGAGGUUGAUGUGAAGAGUGCUAGAGCCCUCCGUCCACUACCAACAAUCUGGUUCCAGAUGUUAUGUUCAAACGUAGUUUCUGGAGAUGAGAAUCCUCAUCAAUACGCCCAAAUAUUCGACGGUGAUACAACUUGGUCCUGGGAAACGUCAGAGGUACCCGGUUCUCCCGAUUAUAUAUCUUUUUCGAGCUACGACCAGGUCAUCCGUAGCGAUUCGUUUACAAUAACAAUCUACCCAAAUGAAACCACAGAAGCACCUGUUCUGGUAAAUGCAGCCGAGAUUCAUGACACAGCUGGCGAUCCGUGCUUGCCAGUUCCUUGGAACUGGCUAGUCUGUAGCAUCGAGUUGCCCCCUACAAUAACCCAAAUAAAUCUUACUGGCGAAGGUGUGGCCGGUGUAGUGCCUACUGAACUUGGAAAUCUGAGUCAAUUGACGAUUUUGGAUCUGUCUGAAAACAAUUUCAACGGGUCUUUCCCGUAUUCUCUCAAAAGAAUUCGCACUCUCAGAGAACUGAACUUGGGACACAACAAGCUGUCUGGAGAACUACCAAUAUUCAGUCCAAGAUCACUUGACAAUCUGGAAAUGCUUUCACUGUCGAGCAAUUUGUUCAGAGGGACACUGGAUUCAUUGAUGGAAGCUUUAGACGAAUCGAUUAAAAACUUAGACCUCAGCAAUAACAAAUUCGUCGAAGCCGUACCUAGGAAUAUAGAAAAGCUAGAAAACUUGGAGAAUUUGGAUAUGUCCAACAACCAAUUGUCGAGCGUGUUAGCAGUCAAUUUCAAAAAACUCAGGAAUUUGAAAAAUCUGAACCUGAGCUUUAAUAAUCUGAACGGUACAGUGCCUGACAGCAUCUGGAACAGUCGCAAUCUUCAAUUUGUGAAUUUAAGAAACAACAGCUUUGUGGAAUUAAAUCUUACAACAUGGUAUAAGACUGUCGCCGAAGGAAAGAGUCUCGACGCUCCUGGAAUUCAGCUGCGUUUGACUGGAAAUCAAAUACACAGCAUUAUCUCACCGAGCCUUCAAACUUUAGAGAGUAUAAUAGUAACGCCACCUUCACUCUAUGAGCAGCUGCUCUCGAUACAGUCUCCACAAACUUUUAUUAUGCUUGGAGGUAAUCCGUGGUGCCUAAAUGAUAAUGACGGAGCGAAUUUAGUAUUCAUCAAAAAGUACAUGUGCCGAUCUGACGAGCAUGAGAACUUCUGGCCGUCCCCAUCAAACGAUGGUGUCCAAACAGGAGUACUAAUUGCCGUAGGCGUGGUAUCUGGAAUAUUCGUGUUACUUAUGAGUUGUUUAGUCAUAUUCUUCACGUGUAAAAUGCGAAGACGUAGUCGUGAACUUCAACAGAUACAGGAAGCUUUAGCAAAAGAGAACGUGAAGCCUCCAUUUUUCAGCUACGUUGAACUCAAAACGGCUACACACAGUUUCUCAAGUUCCAACGAGUUAGGAAAAGGUGGAUUUGGCACUGUUUUCAAGGCUCAACUAGCAGAUGGGAAUGUUGUUGCUGUGAAGAGACUCACUCCGACAAAGCAGAGUACGUCGGACUUUUUGAAAGAAAUGGUAAACAUCUCGGGUAUCAAACAUAGACAUCUGAUUCAACUCAAGGGAUGUUGUGUAAGGGACAAUCACCAACGAAUGCUGAUUUACGAAUACGCGGAGAACAAGAGCCUCGCAGAGACACUGUUUGGUUUAGGUCUUAAAUGUGCGGCCGUCUUGAACUGGAAACAACGUUACAACAUAUGCUUGGGAAUAGCCCAUGGACUUGCGUACUUACAUGAAGGAUUGCAGCCGGGUAUGAUUCACAGAGACAUAAAGCCGGAAAAUAUUCUUCUGGACAAGAAUUACAACGCAAAGAUUGCCGACUUUGGACUCGUCCGGCCCGCUAAUGAUACAAAUGACACUCUAAUCACCAUGAACAUUGGAGGAACGAGGGGCUACUUUUCACCAGAGUAUGCACUAGAAGGCGUCGUAUCCGAGAAACUGGAUGUGUAUAGCUUUGGUGUUGUCUUGCUGGAAAUCGUUGCUGGAAGACCGUGCAUCGAUCUGAAGUUGCCACAGGAACAAAGUAUUCUACGCUCCUGGGCUAGAACGUUGUACACGGAAGGCAAGGUUUUGAACUUGGUCGAUAAAAGAUUGGAGGGCGAUUAUGACGAAGAAGAAGUCCUGCUCGUGGUGAACAUGGCUCUGUCUUGUUUGCAAACAGAUCCCAAGAAACGCGCAACGAUGUCUCAACUGGUGAACGUCCUCAUGAAGAACUCAAAUGCAAGUGUAGCUGUGGACAUCGUCAACGAGCUAAAAUUCCAGACACCAAACUUGCGGAGCAUACCAGAGGACGAACACACCGUGAAUUCCUAUGCUGGUAACAGAGGCGUUGUAGGAGAAUCAGAUGAACUUUCUUUAAUAUCAUCAUUUGCCAACACUUCACAAGUAUCGGUUGUGGUGCCUCGAUAGUGCGUAUAUGAUGUCAUGCAGUAUCUCAAGUACCUAGACUAGGUCGUCUGUACCCUACGUUCUGUCCCAGAUAUCUCAGUUGACAUUACCUUUGCGUGUGAUCUUGAGCCAUUGACGAAGGGAGAUUAGUCUACUAUUUCUUAUCCAAGAUUUACAGUACGUGAGUUCAGCUGAAGACUAGUCCAUUUACACGGA